AUGAUCUACUCGACCACCAUUAUGGUUACCGCCAAAAGAAAAACCGGAGGUGGAGAUAUCUGGUGCGCAGCUCUGCUCCUGUCGGCGUGGCUGCUGGAAAACCCCCAACUCGUCCAGGGUACCACAGUGCUCGAGCUCGGAAGUGGGCUCGGCCUGUGCGGCAUCGUGGCGGGAUACCUCUCGAAGAGCGUGACCCUCACAGACUACGUUGACGAGCUGCUAGUGAACCUGGAGCACAACGUCGACAUCAACCGCGCGCCGCGCAUCGUUGCGGUCGAGUGGCGAGGAAACGAGACCAGUCAAGGAGCCCCCUCUGAGUCACAAGAACGGCAGCAGCAGCAGCAGCAGCAGCAGCAGCAGCAUCAACAACAAGAACAGCGAGGACGACAGCGACCAAGCCGGGAGAAGAGCCUCUUGGAGGUGCGGCCGCUCUCGCCCUCUCGCGUUCGCGUCCGCAAGCUGGAUUGGACCGCGUAUGACCACGAGGCCACGGAAGAAUGGGAAGAAGGAGGGGAGGGUCUUCGGGGUUGUUGGUGGGAUGAUCCGGGCCCUGGCGACGACCGGCCAGGGAAGCAGGAAGACCGUGGAGGCGCCGAAAAACGAGCAACGACGACGACGACACCAUCAACACCGGAAGACGCAGGCGCAACGCUUCGCUGCGACGUGGCCAUCGGCUCCGCGCUAGUCUACAGCCCGCACCAUGCGUGUGUCGCAGACGUUCUGUCCCGAGCGUUCGCGUCGGGAGGGUGCCGCGCUGGGUACAUCCUUCAGCUCUCGACCAGGCAAGCAAGAGGCCCUCUUUGCUUAGUUAGCCUGCGGCCCGGAUUCGACGACUUUCUGCACAGGCUGGGGUCUUGCGGCUUACGCUACCGUCUUCGGAGAAUGUCCGACAUCCUUCCGGGAGACCUUUUGGAAGAAAUUCGCCGAAGUGCUUCCAUCGAUAUCGUUGGCGGCCCCGUGGCGUCGUCUCGAACCCCUUCUUGCGUGAACGCGGCCCGAGAUAGUGUCGGCGGCGCCAAGGAAGAUUGUGGUGGCGGUACGGGUGUAGACGGAGGAGAAUCGCCGUCGCGGUCUGUUGUUGCCGCCGCCACCGCCGACGCCGCCGCAAGUACGUGCACCCGCUUCGACGAGUUCGUUAUGUGCGAGAUCUUCCGCGCCACUGAGGAACAGCAGCAGAGGCGAAAUUCAUGACAUAUUUUUCCAUGCGAAAAA